AGAAUUAUUAAAAUAAAAUAAAGAGGGUAAAAACCGGUUCUUGCUCGGAACAUGAUAGUACACACGAACACAAUUCACAGCACUGAAAGAAAAUCUCAGCAACUCUUGGAAUUUGAAUGGCUUCUUCUUCGUCGUCUUCAUCAUCAUCUUUAAUCCAAGGAGGCUCACUUCCUUCAUUAUCUGCAAUUCGCUCACGCCAUUCAUCUUCGGCACAUUCUUUUCUAUGUUUGACCAAGUUACCGGAUAAUGGCCGGAGGAGGUCAGGCUACCGGCGAAUGGCCUGCACCGCUAUGGUACAACAGGCUGUACAUGGGUCUCCAGCUAUUUAUGCUAAGGAAAUGGAGAGACUCUCUGCUAAAGAAUCUCUGCUUCUCGCUUUCAAAGAUUCUGGUGGUUUUGAAGCUGUGGUCACUGGACAGACAACAGAUAUGCAGCAGAUUGAUGUGAACGAAAGGAUAAAUGGUCUCGAGCGGCUCAAUCCAACUCCUCGACCAACUACGUCACCGUUUUUGGAAGGUAGAUGGAAUUUUGAGUGGUUUGGAGCUGGAAGCCCUGGAUUAUUUGCUGCCAGAUUUAUAUUCGAGAGAUUUCCUAAAAAUUUCGCUAAUUUGUCUAAAAUGGACAUGGUGAUUAAGGAUGGAAAUGCAAAGGUUACAGCAAAUAUGAAACUAUUAUACUCGAUAGAAAGCAAAUUCAUUCUGCUCUCCAAGUUAACUGUGGAGGGACCUCUUAGAAUGAAAGAGGAAUAUGUUGAAGGGAUUCUUGAGACACCAACCAUCAUUGAAGAAACAGUACCAGAACAGCUAAAAGGUGCAUUUGGUCAGGCUGUUCACACAGUGCAACAACUUCCUGUUCCUAUUAGGGAUUCCUUUUCUAGCGGGCUGAAAAUUCCUCUAACCAGUACUUUCCAGAGACUCUUCAUGAUUUCGUAUCUUGAUGAUGAAAUACUUAUAGUAAGGGAUGCUGCUGGAGUACCUGAAGUUCUUACAAGGCUGGAUGCACCAGCCUCUCCAAUGGCAGAACCAACUGCAGAGUAUGAGAGCUAGAGAUGUGAAAACUGAUUGCAGAGUAUGAGAGCUAGAGAUGUGAAAACUGAUUGUUUAUUGUUUUUUUUUUCUCAACCUUCUAAUACAAUGUAGACUAAACAGUUUCCCUCUCACCACUCUCAAUAAGAUGGGCAUUCAUUCCCUUA